AUUUUAAUCUGUUUCAGGUAGCAGGUCAGAAAUGUUUAGAAGAUGGGUACGCUGCUCAGUUAUUAGAAGUAAUUCAAAAUGAGAAAAAUAAGGACAGGAUUUCAGAUGGUGUACUGGGUCUGGCUGGCAUGGAGUUGAUUUUCUUCAUGGUAGCCUGUUUGGUGCUGUGUUUUAGGUUUGUAACCAAAACGGUAUUGAUAACAGACCAGUGUUUCAGCUAUUGCUGACCAGUGCUUGUACAGUGUCAAGGCCUUCUCCGUUUCUCACUCUGCCCCCUCAGUAAGCAGGGAGGUUGGGAGGGGACACAGCUGGGACAGCUGACCUGAACUGAUGAAAGAUACUCUAUACCAUGUAACAUCAUGCUCAGCAUUAAAAACUUGUGAGGAUACGGACCCAUUCCAAAGUAGAUGUUGCUUGGAGACUGGGUGGGCAUUGGUCUGCUGCUGGGAGUUGGUUUGCAUCAUUCUCCCCUCCCCUUUUGUCCUUCACUUAUUAAAUUGUCCUUUUCUCAACCCAUUCUCUGUUUUGCUCUUCUGAUUCUCUCCCCCACUCCACUGGGCAAGGAGAGCAAGCAACCAGCUGGUGGCUGCUUAGUUGCUGUCUGGGGCUGACCCACCACAGAUGGAUAUAAUAAUACUGGCCAAAACUGUAAGAGCCAACUCAGCUGAUGCUAAUGUUAUCAUCAAGAAUAUGGGAUGGAAUCUCAUCUCUCCUCUUGUUAGAUGUAUUUUCAUGUAUAAACAAGAAGAUGAUAAGCGAGAACACUGCCUGAAGAUAUUAGAUCAGUUGGCACAGCUGUGCAAUCCAAAGGAACUUUUUUUGGGUUUACUUGAGCAGAUUGAACAGACCUCUGGAGGGCAAGUGUGCCAAACUAUCAUGUUACUGCUUCAGCCUUUGCAGACAGUGCUUUUGAAACUUCAGAACAAGAAGGCCUACUCAGUAGGUUUAUCUUUGGCCAUGAUUAUGAAUCAGCUUACUCCCUUACCUGUACCUUAUACAAAACAACAAAUACAAGAAGACAAACUUGGUCUCUGUCAAUGUUGUAAUGCAGUGGUGGACUUUGCUAAACCUUUUGUGAAUGAAGUUGUUAAAAACAUGGAAAAGUCAUCAGAAUACAAUGACAUGGAGCUGAAAGAAGAAUUAUUAAAAUUCUGUAUGAAAAGCCUGAAAUAUCCAUUAUUGACAGCUCAGCUUGAGGAACUUGAAGGCAUUGAAGAACAUCCCUUUCGACAUUUUGCAACUGAAAUUAUAGACAUUUUGUGGGAUAUAAGAGAACUGAUACCAUUAGUGUUCUUACAUCGUAAAGGCAAAAGUCCACGCUGGGAGAAUCAGGAGUUCGCGGACAUAGAGCGAAAGAAUUCUGCAGAGUCUUUGGCAUGUCUGUCAUAUCUGAUGUUUGUCCAGCAUUUUGGUAUUCAUUGCUUUCCAACGGUGUUUAGUCCGUCAUACCUUCUGCAAUGCAAUAUGAUGCAUAUUGAAGUGCUACUGAAAAGAACAGAAGAAUCUAUGUUAUCUAAAGGACUUGAUCUGUUUGAGAGCUGUUUAUUGAGAAUGGAAGAUAAUAGCCUUCUCCAUCAGUAUUUAGAAUUCAGAGAUUUUAUUAACAUACCUCAGGAUUUGGUGAAAGUUAUGACCCUUUGUCCCAUAGAGCAUCUGAGAAAGAAGAGUUUAAAUAUUUUGCAGUUGUUCAUAGACAAGUUUGACGCAGAGGGAAAACAUACAUUAUUCAGGUGUUUACUGAAGACAAGCAACCAUGCUGGUGUGGAAGGAUACAUUAUUAAAAAUAUAAAAGAUCAGAUUCACUUAUCGUUAACGAAGGCAUGUGACAACAUUUGGUUUACGGGACAUCACCUGAUCUCCCUUCUAGAUUUAGUGCUUUUGCUUCCAGAAGGUGCUGAGACCGAUCUUCUGCAAAACUCAGAUAGGAUUAUGGCAUCACUAAAUCUACUAAGAUACUUGGUCAUUAAGGAUUGUGAAAAUGAUAAUCAAACUGGCGUAUGGACCACACUUGCCAAGAUUGAGCAGAAUUUUUUAAAACCGCUGCAUGUGGGACUCAAUAUGUCAAAAGCACACUAUGAAGCAGAAAUAAAGAACAAGAAAGAGAACAGAAGAGAGGCACACAGUUCUAACACAGUUUGUUCUGUAACUGUGAGUGGGGAGAAGAUGCCUGCCAUGACUACUGAAAUGCAGCUUCAGGUUUUACAUUCUGCUCUCUUCACAUUUGAUUUAAUAGAAAGUGUGCUAGCUCGAGUAGAAGAACUCAUUGAAGUGAAAAUAAAAGCGGUAAUGGAUGAAAACAGUUAGGUCAGCUGAUGUAUUUGAAUUCACAUGCUUCUUACAAGAUAAUUUUGACUGUGAGACUUUAGUUUUGAAAAGGAGGCUACCAACCUUCCAACAAAAGCGAUUUAGAGUGGCCUCUAGAAGAAUUGCAAAUGCUGCUCUUCAUCAGUCUUGUUCCUGUUCUUUUUUUAGUUUCUUGUGCUAUUGUUGUAUGCGAUUCACAGAGAUGGCUUAUUUACUAAAGUGCUCCUCUUCAGAAUUUGAUGCUUUUUCUUAAGUUUAGAAACUAAAAACAAGGUUUGGGGGUUUUUUUUCUUAUGCUGUCCAAGGAGGUAUGGCUGUGCAUUUAUUUUUCUGUUGACUUUCAAAAUUUGUUAGACAAUAAUUGAGGACUGGUGUUGUGAAUUACAAAGAUUUUUAUAAAGUGACUGGAGAACCAUUAAUUAAAAAGCACUAUGUAAGCACAAGGUAUUUUUAUUAGCACUUUUUAAUGUUGACAGACAAGCUUCAAUAUUUACAAAGAGGACUGUGAGGUAUAGAUAGAUCACAGUAGAAACAUUUUGGCAGGGAAACAAGGUUUAAAGAAAAACAAACACAUCAACUUUGAGCCAAAUAAAAUGCAAAAACUUAGUAAGACAACAGAUAACACUUGUGUUUAAAAAACCACACUGUGUAAGAUUUCAUACAUAUACCUGUUUAUGCAGGGGAAACCUAUAUUUUGGAGUUGUUUUGAUCAUCCUUACCUUUAAUGAUAAAGUUUUUCUUAAGAUAUAUAAAAUAUUUUGGGAAAUACUUAUAAAGAGAUGAGCUCAUAAGUUCAGAAUCAAGUUAAAAGUAAGGAUGGCUCAUCUGCAGUUUCUUAGAAUGCACAUUUGGUAUAAUGUAUGCUAUUUUUCUCUGUAUAGUUAUUUAAUAUAAACUUUCAUUCCAAAUGCACAAGUUGUACAUACAGUCUUUUGAAAUGUAACCAUAUUUUUAAGAACAUGCUAUAUUUUGUUUAAAAUGUAGCCACUCUAUUUAUGAAUAAAACCCCAAAAUACUAAAUUAAUUACAGUGCAACUGGUACUCCUGGUGCAUCUUCCAAACUGGACUGUUUUCUAUUAUUUGCGCUUUUGUCACUGCCAUUUGGUAACGAGCAUCAUCUGCUUGUGGCUUGGAAGUUACCUUAGAGGAACAAAAAAGAUUAUGAGUAGGACUCAGUAACUCCUAGGUAAUAGAAUAUUCAACAUCUUGUUUUUCAAAUAGUAAAAUGUUCAAAUGUAAAAUUAUUCAGCAGUGAAACCUGAAGCAUGCUUUCUGAAGUAGGUAUUCAGGAAUGAUGUACACAGAGGUGAUUCGAUGUAUGCUUUUAGGUGCAAGACGAGUCCUAAAAUAACCAGUCCUGUCAGCUUUGCUUCUGAUUAUCUGGGUAGUAUGUCAGCAGGAGUUGGAUAUGGUAGCUCAGGAUUAGUUGGAUGGUAUUGCUCCCUUGGCCGUGUCUGUUAACUGGGGGCAAAAAAGCUCCUUUUUUAGGCCCUAUACCAGUUAGGGAUUCGCUGGCAAAAGCUGAGCUCAUUAAACUGGCUUUGCACUGCAUCCGUAAGAAAUAACGUAAUGGCAACCGAUAGAUUUCUGGUGUAUGCUGUCAUCACUUCUUACAGGGCUCUGCUGCUGAAGUUUGGUGUAAACAUUCCAAACAAGUAGAAAAGCAAACUCAAGUUUGUAGGAGCAGCAGUAAUCUGGAGAGGGUUUAUGUUAAUGCUGCACUAAGAGACUGGGCCAGACAUCAGUAGAUUCCAGAAAGAGUUUAAGUACGGUAUUCAACACUGUAAUAAGUAUUUAACAGCUUUUGCCAUAUUAUGGGUGAGAUGUAGCUUACACGCUUUUAAAAUGAUGAAUACUCUGAAUAGGUUAAUGCUUAUUAUUUUGAGAUGCCCACUUCAGGAAGGGAUAAAAUGUAAAUUCAUAUUUGAUUACUAACAUGCCAUCCAACCACCUCCUUUUAUUUUUGGCACAUGGGAUGCUGCUAGUGUUGUUAUAGUUAAUAUCUAAAUUGGAUAUUUCAUGGAAAAAUGUUCUUUAAAGAGGCUCAGUAAAUAGAUUUAAUUAAUAAUGUGUUGAUGCAUACAAGGUAUGUUGCAGAUACACAGAAAUUACACUCAUUAACCUGUAGAAAUAACAUACUAGUAUGUGCAUCAUUAAAAAACUAUACCUAACUAGAGUUUUUUGAUUGGCAUUUUUACUUUAAGUUGAAGUCAUUAUGAAUUUAGAUCUCAUGCUGGUUCUGCACUCAUCAAUGAAAUGAAAACAUCCUAACUUAAGAGCCUAAUUAGCUCAUAAAUAUCUAAUCUGUCUUCAUAGAUGCUAUUAAGAACUUUUAAAGUUACCCUUAACAAUAGUUUAAAGACUCAGCUAAAGCAUGAGAGUAACAGUCCUACCUCAGUGUAUUACAUGGACUGUGGUCAGUACGACCCAAAAAGUUCCAUUAAGGAAAAAGAAAUAUUUUCUAGUUUUUGGCUUUUCCUGGCUAAUAUACUUCUGACAAACUAGUAUUUUUAAGUAGUGCCACCAGACUUACCUUAGCUA